AUGUCACUUAAACUUUUGUCAGUUGCUUUGUUAACUUUUUUUCACGUUCCAGCCCGGGCUCUGAAAAGGCCUGUUGACUCAGAUACCUCUGUUGCCUAUGCCACCUAUAUCAACUUCGCUGAACAGGACAUCCUGGAGAACGACGAUGGCCUUCCUACCCAUCCUCUCCUCCCGCAUUAUGGUAAGGCUACCUGUCCUAUCACUACCGAUGGAAAUGGACGACAGCAGCUAGAGGCACAUUUGAGCUACUGGGAAGGUACAUACUGGAUGUAUGCUGCCACUUGGGCCUGCGGAGGCUCGCUGCUCAGCUACGGCAGAGUGAGUGGUAUGAAUUGGCCGGCUAUUCCGAGUUACCCGCGAGGAGACUACGGGGAGGAUGGCAACUGCGGCAUAAAGUCAUACAAGUCCCCUGAUCUUGUCAACUGGCAACUGGUCGACUUCUACCAGCCAGCGAUCGAUGUUGCAAACGUAACCAAACCUCUCGUUAGGUACAGUAACUCGACGGGGAACUAUGUCCUCUUUAUGGGGGGAAACGAUCAGUCCAACUUUUACUAUGCGACUUCCAAGGCUCCCGGUGGUCCAUGGAGUGAGCCACCUUCUCUGAUGACAGGGGAACACCUAACACACGACUUUGACGUCGCUGUGGGCCCUGACGGUGCGCAUUACAUUCUCACUGACACUUGGAGUAACGUCACCAAGAAUCAAGCCACAGGCCACUCUGUUCCGGUCUAG